AUGAUUGAUUCAACAAGAACUAAACAACAUAAACAUGAGAAUAAAUAUAACGAUGAUGAAAAUACACAACAUCAAACAUAUAAUCGGUUGACUAAUACCAUUCAGUAUAUUCAUAAUAAUAUACAUUUGAUAGCUGAAACAACAACAUCAUCACAAGGAGCAAAAGAGGGUGUAACUUCAGGAAAUACAGCAACAGUAUCACAAGGAAGUGCAGCAACAGUGUCAUCACAAGGAGAUAAAAGUCUAUCACAACCAGUAGAAGGAAACUCAUCACCAGUAACACCAAAACCAGCAUCACAAACUUCACAAACACCAGAAGCAGAUUCACAACCUUCAUCACCAACUCCACCAACUUCUCCCUCAUCACCACAAACUUCAUCAACUCCAACAACAAACCAACCAUCACAACCACAGACUAACUCUGCCUCUUCAACUUCAACUCCACAAUCACAACCAGAAAAUAAUAACCCACAACCCCCACAAACAAAACCAGAAGAACAACCACAACAACCAUCAUCACAAUCACAACAAAAUCAACCACAACAACAAAAUGAAAAAAAAGAUAACAAAAAUACAACUACUUCUGAUAUUUCACAUGAUAAAACUGUUGUUAGUUCUGAUGACACUUCGGAUAAUCACAAUAAUCUUGAUGGUGCAUCACCUGUGUUUAUGUUGUUGGCUUUUGUUAUUCAGUUGAUAUUCUUCUAA